CAUGUCAGAUUUGAAUUCCCAAAGUUCUUUUCAAACGGUCGAGGCGUCGGUUUGUAUCUCGUUAUCUGUGACUAUACCUCAACGUUAGCUCAGUGAAUGUAUUUUCUUUCUUUUUUUUUUUGGUAAAUGACGACAAUUAAGUAAAUAAAUAUACAAAGCACACAAAAUUACGCUAUUUAUUGAUUUUACAGUGGUACAGUAACCAGAGAAAAUGUCCGCUUCGUCUCCCUCACCUCAGACGGCGCCGCCGCCGGUAGAUACGCUUUCGGGCUCCGGCGGGCACCGUCCUUUCGAGCCCGAAGAACACGGACUAGACAGCGGCUUCAGGCUCACGUCCUUUUCCGACCUCAAGGGAUGAGGGUGCAAGGUCCCGCAGGAGACACUGCUCAAACUCCUGCGGGUACUGGAGCCUGAUCCCUCGGCCGCCGAGCUGCAAGGUGAGGCGGGGCUGCAGCCCGGCGAAGACGGCCACUAUCAGCUCGGUGUCUCGCAACAUCAACAACACCAACCCACGAACAAGCUCGGGAUCGGGAUGGACUCCUGUGUGAUCCCCUUGCGGCACGGCGGUCUGUCUCUGGUUCAGACCACAGACUUCUUCUACCCCCUGGUGGAGGACCCCUACAUGAUGGGGCGCAUCGCCUGUGCCAACGUGCUGAGUGACCUGUACGCCAUGGGGAUCACAGAGUGCGACAACAUGCUGAUGCUGCUGAGUGUCAGCCAGAGAAUGAGCGACAAGGAGCGUGAGAAGGUGAUGCCGCUGAUGAUGCGUGGCUUCCGGGACGCCGCGGAGGAGGGGGGCACCUCGGUGACGGGGGGGCAGACUGUCCUGAACCCCUGGAUCAUCAUCGGGGGGGUCGCCACUGUGGUGUGCCAGGCCAGCGAGUUCAUCAUGCCGGACAGUGCAGUUCCUGGUGAUGUGCUGGUCCUCACAAAGCCUCUUGGGACUCAGGUUGCUGUCAACGCUCACCAGUGGAUGGACAUUCCGGAGAAGUGGAACAAGAUCAAACUGGUGGUGUCGAAGGAAGAUGUGAAGCUGGCUUACCAAGAGGCGAUGUACAACAUGGCGAUGCUUAACAGGACAGCGGCUGGUCUGAUGCACACCUUCAAUGCCCACGCUGCCACUGACAUCACGGGGUUCGGAAUCCUGGGCCACGCCCAGAACCUGGCGCAGCAGCAGCGCUGCGACGUGGCCUUCGUCAUCCACAACCUGCCCAUCAUCGCCAAGAUGGCUGCCAUCAGCAAGGCCUGCGGGAGCAUGUUUGGAUUAGUGCAGGGGAGCUCGGCCGAGACAUCGGGAGGCCUGCUGGUCUGCCUGCCCCGGGAGCAGGCGGCUCGCUUCUGUGCUGAGAUCAAGUCCCCCAAGUACGGAGAGGGUCACCAGGCCUGGAUCAUCGGCAUCGUGGAGAAGGGGAACCGCAGCGCCCGCAUCAUCGACAAGCCCCGAAUCAUCGAGGUGACCCCCCGGGGGGCGGGGGCAGGGGGGCAGGAGGGCACCCCCACCACCACCCCCAGCCCUGAGGCACUGGCAUAGACACACACACACACACACACCCACAGCACUGAGACACACGCAUACAGAGACACUCAGAGCCCUGAGACACGGGGAGAGGGAGAGACACACAUACACGCACACACCCCCAGCCCUGAGACACACACAUGCACACACAGAGCCCUGAGACACAGAGAGAGAGAGAGAGACAGACACACACACAGGCUGAUACACAACCCAGACUCCAGUUUAAUAGCCUGUGCUGUUUUGUCAGCUGCCUCUUCUAUCAUCUUUCUUUCGUUCUUUCUUUUUUGAUGAUGUGUAUAAUGUCUUGAUCAGUUUUUCCGCCCCUCAUUUUUCCACCCUGUUCAGCCUUCAGGGUUGAGAGCAACAGACCAAAAAUUCUUCCUCUUUCUCGGUGGGAGGGAAGAUGAGGGGAGAUGGGGGGGGGGGGGGGGAGCGACUCUUUCAGCUGCGAAACGCAGGAUUUAAAGCGAAUCUGCAACUGUCAAAACCUAAUCCACAGUGCUGCAUUAGAAACGCAUUCAAAGAAACCUCAUCAGCUGCUGGGAGCCGGCCGAGCUCCGAGGGGCUGAACGGACUCCUCUCUCUGGGCUGUGUCUCCCUUCACAUUGCCUGCACUGCAAAGUCUUUCAGAAUGUGAAUCAAAGUCUUUUGAGAACGAGUUAACUUGAAUUUUAUUAGAUUGAAUUUAGUGAAAGAAGUAGGAGGUUGAGAUAGAGCUCUGUGUGUGUAAAAUAUAUUGUCAGUGUCUUAACAUGUACCCCUAACCCUGUACUGUUCACGGGGCGUUUCAAACUGUCUUGUCGACUCUAUUCUGUGUCUUAAACCUGAAGUUGACUUGACUUGAUGCCUUUAAGCUUCAGGAUACGGGCGCCAUUUUGGAUCCCCGGUAGCCGGCCAUAGAGUAGAAAAGUGUGGAAACUGAGGAGCCAAGAUGGCGCCAGUUAGGCGUGACGUUUGUUCAAAUUGACUGCAGAGAUGGAGAAUAGACAUUGAAGGCGUUUUUUGAUUGGGAAAGUCAUGUAAAAAAUGUUGCAAUUAUAAUUCGAUUUAUCCGAACAGCUCCAGUCACAAUUAGUUUGAAUAGAAGUUUUUUUGUACUUUUUCUUUUAAAGCUGGACAAAAAUCAAUCAGAAUUAUUUGUUUAUUUUUUUUCCAGCCCUGGUUUUCGGUUGAUAUUCCCGGAUAGAAUCAAAGCACUGGUGUAUAACGGUUUAUGCUGGUUUAUAAUGGUCAUACUGGUCAAUUUUAAAGGAAUUCAGUCAAUUGGCUGUUGUCUGUAUCUUCAGAAACCAGUAUGUACCUAAGUUUCCCAGUUCCUUUCUCUUACACUUCACCACCUGUCUCUGUGUUGCCCUUUAUUUAAUAUGAAACUAAACAAAUCAAUUGAAUGUAGUUCCUGCAUCAACAGCACAAAAAAAACUUAUGCAAGAUUCAUUUUUCUUGACUAGUUGGUGGUGUGUGCGUGUUUUUUUUAAAAAUAUUUUCUUUGUGACCGCUCUGUCUAACAGAUCGUCUCAAUUUAAUAAUAAUAAUAAUAAUAAUAAUUGGGUAAUACAAGCUUUUGAAUUAAGGGUCGCAAUUUUUUUUCAGGGUUUAUUUUUUAACCAGUGUCAAAUUCUGUUGUGUAAAUGUGCUCUUCAGAGGAACGUGUUUUGAUUUUGAAGUGUUCGUUUCGUCACCUGUCCAUCAUGGCACUGCUAAACGGGAGCGAUUCAUUUUGGUACUUUGUAAUAAUACUUUCCAUCCCUGUUAUCUACAGUACAAAUCUGUUUUUUUUUUGCUGUUAUUGUUGUGCUGCUGAAUUAUCAAUUUAAUUAAUAAAAGGUGAAGAUAAGAGAUUGUACAUUUUCAUAAAUAUGAGCUUUAUUUUCCUUUUUACAUGUUUUUUUGGCGUAAAAAAAGGGAUGUGCUUUUAAAAAUGAAAUCUAAUUUGUAAAAAAAAAAAAAGUGGUUU